GAGCUGAGCGGAAAUGAGCGAGCACAGUCCAGCGGAACGGACGAGAGGCUCUGGACCGAGCAGGACCUAGCUGGGCCGAGUGGCCAGGCCCAGCGAGCCGAGCGAGGCCGAGUGUAACCGAGCUGAGCCGAGCGGGGCCGAGCGGAGCCGAGCCGGGUCGAGUGGGACCGAGCGGGGCCCGGCCGAGCCGAGCAGAGCCGAAGCGGGCCGUGCUGAGAGGAGUCAAGCGGGGCCGAGCAGGGCCGAGUGGAGCCGAGCGGGGCCGAGCUGAGCCGACCCAGGCCGAACGGGGCGGAGCGCAGGGGCGGGCUGUAUCCGCGGCCGCCGCCAUGAAGCGGGACCGGCUCGGCCGCUUCCUGUCGCCUGGGGCGGCGGGGCAGCGCGGGGGCUCGGGCGGUGGCGGCGGCCGGGCCCGGGGCCGCCCCGCCCGCGGCGGGCCGAGCGUGGACGAGGCGGCGGCCUUGGUGGCUGCGCGGCUGGGGUGGGGCCCGGCGCGGGCCUGCAGGGACGCGGGCGAGGACGGCGCCGACGAGGCAGGAACAGGCCGGGCCCUUGCCAUGGGGCACUGUCGCCUCUGCCACGGGAAGUUCUCCUCACGGAGUCUCCGCAGCAUCUCUGGCAGGGCACCUGGGGAGAGCUCAGAGAGACCACCCCCAGGGGAGCGUGUUUUCAUCAGGGACUUCCAGCGCCUGCUAGGGGUGGCAGUCCACCAGGAUCCAGCUCUGUCUCAGUUUGUCUGCAAGAACUGCCACGCUCAGUUCUACCAGUGCCAUGGCCUCCUCAAGUCCUUCCUGCAGAGAGUAAACGUCUCCCCGACGGGCCACCGGAAGCCUUAUGCAAAGGUCGGUGCCCAGCCCCCAGCAGGGGCAGAGGAGGGAGCGUGUCUGGUGGACCUGAUCACUUCGAGCCCCCAGGGCCUGCGUGGCUUGGUAGGGUGGGUGCAUGGACAUGCAGCCAGCUGUGGGGCCCUGCCCAGCCUCCAGAGGACGCUGUCCUCCGAGUACUGCGGUAUCAUCCAGGCUGUGUGGGGCUGUGACCAAGGCCAUGACUACACCAUGGACACCGACACCAGCUGCGGGGCCCUCUUGCUGGACAGCGCAUUGGCGGUCAAGUGGACGUGGGACAAGGAGACGGCCCCGUGGCUCACCCAGCAUCGAGGGUCCAACCCCACUGGGGCUGCCCCUCAGAGCUCCCAGGGCAGAGUGACCAUGGCCGGGGCCGAGACCGAGACGCUGCCCAGCGUGGACACAGCCCAGCCUCCUUUGGAUGGCAACCCUGUGGGGCCUGGGCCAGGACCCCCGCCUCAGCCAAGCCUCCCCGUGAGUGGGGCCCCAGGGCAGUUGGGUGAGAAGCAGGUUCCGUCUUCAACCUCGGAUGAUCGGGUAAAAGACGAGUUCAGUGACCUUUCUGAGGGAGAUUUCCUGAGUGAAGACGAAAAUGACAAGAAGCAAACUACCCCGUCCUCGGAUGAGUCCUUUGAGCCGUACCCAGAAAAGAAAGUCUCUGGUAAGAAGAGUGAAAGCAAAGAAGCUAAGAAGCCUGAAGAACCAAAAAUUCGAAAGAAACCUGGACCCAAACCAGGAUGGAAGAAAAAGCUGCGCUGUGAAAGGGAGGAGCUGCCCACCAUCUACAAGUGCCCUUAUCAGGGCUGCACGGCUGUGUACCGAGGAGCUGACGGCAUGAAGAAGCACAUAAAGGAGCACCAUGAGGAAGUCCGAGAGAGGCCCUGUCCCCACCCUGGCUGCAACAAGGUGUUCAUGAUUGACCGCUACCUGCAGCGCCACGUGAAGCUCAUCCACACAGAGGUGCGGAACUACAUCUGUGACGAGUGUGGACAGACCUUCAAGCAGCGGAAGCACCUUCUUGUCCACCAGAUGCGCCACUCAGGAGCCAAGCCUCUGCAGUGUGAAGUCUGUGGGUUCCAGUGCCGGCAGCGGGCGUCCCUCAAGUACCACAUGACCAAACACAAGGCUGAGACCGAGCUGGACUUCGCCUGUGACCAGUGUGGCCGGCGCUUCGAGAAGGCACACAACCUCAACGUGCAUAUGUCCAUGGUCCACCCACUGACGCAGACCCAGGACAAGGCCCUGCCCCUGCAGCCCCCACCCGGGACCACGGAGGGUCAGGCCGUGAAGCCUGAGCCCACCUGAGGGCUCACCAGCACCUGGACUCACCAGGCGGAUCUCGCCACAAACGUGCAAAGCCUUCAGGGAGUCGCCUGCCUGUGACCCAGGGAAGAGGGAGAAAGACUCAGCAGGGAGCUGCAGAGCUGAUGUUUAGAGCUGUGCACACGUGGGCAAGAGGGACGACCUCGGCACAGAAGAGGCCUUUCCUUCUUCUUCCUAUAAGUGGUCAUGAUCUACAGAAGGUGUCACCCUGGGGCCUCUGGAUGGAGGCAGCUCAGGUAGGACGUGGUGGCCAGGGACCCUCAGAGCCCAAGGUCUGAAAUAAGACAUCAAGAGAAAGGCCCAUAGCCUAGGGGUUCUCACUUCAGUGAACAAGGACUCUCCUGAGAAACCAUGUGAAAUGAAGGUUCCAGGGCCCUCCCCCAAGAGACCCUGACUCAGGAGGUCUGGGGGGAACCGGGGACCCACAGUUUAAAGCACUCUGGGGGGCUGUGCAGGCUGCUCGCUGCCCCACCCGCGGUGGGAGACGCCACCUUAGCUGAUGAGGUCUGACGUAUGUGCGGGGUCAGGUGUGAUGAGAGCAGGCCCAUCAAGGAAAAGAAAAACAGGCAAACCAGCAG